GCCGCAGGUAGCGGACGGCGGGAGGUGGCUUUGUUUUUCCUCCCUUGCGCCCCGGCGCGGUCAUUCAUUUGACAUUUCGGUUUCCGCUGCCCAGAAACGCGGGCGAGAGGCACCAGGAUGUGUUGGAUGGUUUGGUUCUCCCGGGAAACUGGGACUUUGGGGUCUAUUUGAGCAUCAAUUGAGGGAGAGGACGCUUCAUUUCCUUUUUGGUUGGGAAUGUGCCGUGAACAUCCUCUGCUGGAGCUUGGGGCCUGGAGCAAACUGGGGCUGCAGAUUUAGACGUAGACGUUUCCGAGGACGCGCGACUGCAGAGCUUUGUAGGCAGCCAACCCCAGAGAGGCAGACGGGAUGGCUAGUUCAGCCCGGGAGCACCUGCUUUUUGUGAGGCGUCGAAAUCCCCAGAUGCGGUACACAUUGAGCCCAGAGAACCUCCAGAGCCUCGCUGCCCAGAGCUCCAUGCCAGAGAACAUGACCCUGCAGCGGGCCAACAGCGACACCGACCUGGUGACUUCCGAGAGCCGCUCCAGCUUAACUGCCAGCAUGUAUGAGUACACUCUGGGGCAAGCCCAGAACCUCAUUAUCUUCUGGGACAUUAAAGAGGAGGUGGACCCCAGUGAUUGGAUUGGACUUUAUCAUAUAGAUGAGAAUUCUCCAGCCAACUUCUGGGAUUCUAAGAAUAGGGGUGUGACUGGAACACAAAAAGGGCAAAUUGUAUGGAGAAUUGAGCCUGGGCCCUAUUUCAUGGAACCGGAGAUAAAAAUCUGUUUUAAAUAUUACCACGGUAUUAGUGGAGCCCUGCGAGCCACAACCCCCUGCAUCACCGUGAAGAACCCAGCUGUGAUGAUGGGGGCAGAAGGCAUGGAGGGAGGUGCUUCAGGAAACCUGCAUUCUCGAAAACUCAUUAGCUUUACAUUAUCAGAUCUUAGGGCAGUUGGGCUAAAGAAAGGGAUGUUCUUCAAUCCUGACCCUUAUCUUAAGAUGUCAAUUCAGCCAGGAAAGAAGAGCAGUUUCCCCACCUGUGCCCACCAUGGUCAGGAGAGACGGUCUACUAUCAUCAGUAACACCACCAAUCCAAUUUGGCACCGAGAGAAAUAUUCCUUUUUUGCACUUCUUACUGAUGUCUUAGAAAUUGAAAUUAAAGACAAAUUUGCCAAGAGCCGUCCCAUCAUCAAGCGUUUUCUGGGGAAACUAACCAUUCCAGUCCAGAGGCUGCUGGAGCGACAAGCCAUCGGUGAUCAAAUGCUCAGCUACAACCUUGGCAGAAGGCUCCCAGCUGACCACGUGAGUGGGUACCUCCAGUUUAAAGUGGAGGUUACAUCUUCUGUUCAUGAAGAAAUGCUGUUCUCUCAUUCAGAUGCCUCUCCAGAAGCUGUUGGCACAAUACUUGGAGUCAAUUCUGUGAAUGGAGACUUAGGUAGCCCUUCCGAUGACGAGGACAUGCCAGGGAGCCAUCACGACAGCCAGGUGUGCUCUAAUGGGCCAGUUUCUGAGGACAGUGCUGCUGAUGGGACUCCCAAGCAUUCAUUCAGGACUAGCUCCACUCUGGAAAUAGACACAGAGGAAUUAACUUCUACUUCUUCAAGGACCUCACCUCCCAGAGGACGUCAGGAUUCACUCAAUGAUUACUUAGAUGCUAUUGAACACAAUGGCCACUCCAGGCCGGGGACAGCGACCUGCUCUGAGAGGUCCAUGGGCGCCUCUCCAAAACUGAGGAGUAGUUUUCCCACUGACACAAGACUCAAUGCCAUGCUUCAUAUUGACUCAGAUGAAGAAGAUCACGAGUUCCAGCAAGACCUGGGUUACCCAUCUUCCUUGGAGGAGGAGGGAGGCCUGAUCAUGUUUAGCAGGGCAUCCAGAGCUGAUGAUGGAAGCCUGACAUCUCAGACAAAGCUGGAGGACAACCCUGUUGAGAAUGAGGAAGGCUCCACACACGAAGCUGCUUCCUUUGAGGAUAAACCAGAAAAUCUUCCAGAGCUUGCAGAGAGCUCCUUACCUGCAGGCCCAGCCCCAGAGGAAGGCGAAGGCGGCCCAGAGUCUCAACCCAGUGCUGACCAGGGCAGCGCUGAAUUGUGUGGCUCUCAAGAGGUAGAUCAGCCCACAAGUGGGGCAGACACGGGGACUUCUGAUGCAUCAGGAGGAAGCCGAAGAGCCGUCAGUGAGACCGAGUCUCUCGAUCAGGGCUCUGAGCCUUCCCAGGUGUCCUCUGAAACAGAACCCAGUGAUCCUGCCAGGACAGAGAGUGUGAGCGAAGCCAGCACCAGGCCCGAGGGAGAGAGUGACCUGGAAUGCGCUGACAGCUCCUGCAAUGAGAGUGUGACCACGCAGCUGUCCUCUGUGGACACGCGGUGCUCCUCUCUUGAGAGCGCACGGUUUCCCGAAACCCCAGCCUUUUCUUCCCAGGAGGAGGAAGAUGGAGCCUGUGCAGCAGAGCCCACCAGCAGCGGCCCUGCCGAAGGGUCGCAGGAAUCCGUGUGCACUGCUGGUUCUUUACCUGUGGUACAGGUGCCCAGUGGGGAGGAUGAAGGGCCAGGGGCAGAAUCGGCCACUGUACCUGACCAGGAGGAGCUAGGGGAGGUCUGGCAGCGGAGGGGGAGCCAGGAGGGAGCCGCAGCUGCUGCUGAGAGCCCACCCCAAGAAGAGGGCUGUGCUGGGGAGGCCCAAGGCACCUGUGAAGGGGCAACUGCCCAGGAGGAGGGCGCUACCGGAGGUUCUCAAGCCAACGGCCACCAGCCACUGCGAUCACUACCUUCAGUGCGCCAGGAUGUUAGCCGGUACCAGAGGGUGGACGAGGCUCUCCCACCAAACUGGGAGGCACGCAUUGACAGCCACGGCAGGAUCUUCUACGUGGAUCACGUAAACAGAACCACGACGUGGCAGCGACCGACAGCUCCCCCAGCCCCGCAGGUGCUGCAGAGAUCUAACUCCAUACAGCAAAUGGAGCAGCUGAACCGGCGAUAUCAGAGUAUUCGCAGAACCAUGACCAAUGAGAGGCCUGAGGAAAAUACCAAUGCUAUUGAUGGGGCAGGGGAGGAAGCUGACUUUCACCAAGCCAGUGCAGAUUUCCGACGGGAGAACAUCCUGCCUCACUCUACCUCCAGAUCCAGGCUCACGUUGCUGUUACAGUCUCCCCCCGUGAAGUUCCUCAUCAGCCCAGAGUUCUUCACCGUGCUGCAUUCUAACCCUAGUGCCUACCGCAUGUUUACAAACAACACGUGUUUGAAGCACAUGAUCACCAAAGUCCGGAGGGACACCCACCACUUUGAACGCUACCAGCAUAACCGGGACCUUGUGGGAUUCCUCAACAUGUUCGCGAACAAACAGCUAGAGUUGCCGCGGGGAUGGGAAAUGAAACAUGAUCACCAGGGCAAGGCAUUCUUUGUGGACCACAACUCCCGCACCACCACUUUCAUUGAUCCCCGGCUCCCACUUCAGAGCAGUAGACCCACAAGUGCGCUGGUUCAUCGGCAACACCUGACAAGGCAACGCAGCCACAGUGCGGGUGAGGUAGGAGAAGAUUCUCGACAUGCAGGACCACCAGUCCUUCCCAGGCCAUCCAGUACAUUCAAUACAGUCAGUAGGCCACAGUACCAGGACGUGGUUCCAGUGGCUUACAAUGACAAGAUUGUUGCAUUUCUACGUCAACCCAAUAUCUUUGAAAUUCUACAGGAGCGUCAACCUGAUCUUACCAGGAAUCACUCACUCAGGGAGAAGAUCCAAUUUAUCCGAACUGAAGGGACUCCAGGAUUGGUGCGCCUUUCAAGCGAUGCAGACCUUGUUAUGUUGCUGAGCUUAUUUGAAGAAGAGAUAAUGUCAUAUGUGCCUCCACAUGCCUUACUUCACCCCAGCUACUGUCAGUCCCCACGUGGCUCUCCCGUGUCAUCUCCUCAGAACUCACCAGGUACCCAACGUGCCAAUGCCCGGGCUCCAGCCCCUUACAAGCGGGAUUUCGAAGCCAAACUGAGGAACUUUUACAGGAAGUUAGAGACUAAAGGAUAUGGACAAGGCCCAGGGAAGUUAAAGUUAAUUAUCCGAAGAGAUCACUUACUAGAAGAUGCUUUUAAUCAGAUUAUGGGCUACUCCAGAAAAGACCUGCAGAGAAAUAAGCUGUAUGUCACCUUCGUCGGGGAGGAAGGACUGGAUUACAGUGGGCCUUCCAGAGAGUUUUUCUUCCUGGUAUCCAGAGAACUCUUUAACCCAUAUUAUGGCUUAUUUGAAUAUUCAGCCAAUGACACAUACACAGUACAAAUAAGUCCUAUGUCUGCUUUUGUAGACAAUCACCAUGAAUGGUUCCGAUUCAGUGGUAGGAUCCUUGGUCUUGCACUAAUACACCAGUAUUUGUUGGAUGCCUUCUUCACACGGCCCUUUUAUAAGGCUCUUCUCAGAAUUCUAUGUGACCUGAGUGAUCUAGAAUACCUUGAUGAAGAGUUCCAUCAGAGCCUGCAGUGGAUGAAAGACAAUGAUAUCCAUGACAUCCUAGACCUCACGUUCACUGUGAACGAAGAAGUAUUUGGGCAGAUAACUGAACGAGAAUUAAAGCCAGGGGGUGCCAAUAUCCCAGUUACAGAGAAGAACAAGAAGGAGUACAUCGAGAGGAUGGUGAAGUGGAGGAUUGAGAGGGGUGUUGUACAGCAAACAGAGAGCUUAGUGCGUGGCUUCUAUGAGGUGGUGGAUGCCAGGCUGGUAUCUGUUUUUGAUGCAAGAGAACUGGAAUUGGUCAUCGCAGGCACAGCUGAAAUAGACCUAAGUGAUUGGAGAAACAACACAGAAUACAGAGGAGGAUACCAUGACAAUCAUAUUGUAAUCCGGUGGUUCUGGGCUGCAGUGGAAAGAUUCAACAAUGAACAACGACUAAGGUUGUUACAGUUUGUUACAGGCACAUCCAGCAUUCCCUAUGAAGGAUUUGCUUCUCUCCGAGGGAGUAAUGGCCCAAGAAGAUUCUGUGUGGAGAAAUGGGGAAAAAUCACGGCUCUUCCCAGAGCGCAUACAUGUUUUAACCGUCUGGAUCUGCCUCCCUACCCAUCCUUUUCCAUGCUUUAUGAAAAACUGUUGACAGCAGUUGAAGAAACCAGUACUUUUGGACUUGAGUGACCUGGAAGCAGAAUGCCCAUCUCUGUGGACAGGCAGUUUCAGAAGCUGCCUUCUAGAAGAAUGAUUGAACGUUGGAAGUUUCAAGAGGAUGCUUCCUUUAGGAUAAAGCUACGUGCUGUUGUUUUCCAGGAACAAGUGCUCUGUCACAUUUGGGGACUGGAGAUGAGUCCUCUUGGAAGGAUUUGGGUGAGCUUGAUGCCCAGGGAACAACCCAACCGUCUUUCAAUCAACAGUUCUUGACUGCCAAACUUUUUCCAUUUGUUAUGUUCCAAGACAAAGAUGAACCCAUACAUGAUCAGCUCCACGGUAAUUUUUAGGAACUCAGGAGAAUCUUGAAACUUACCCUUCAACGUGGUUCAAGCCAAACUGGCAGCACUUGGCCCAAUCUCCAAAUUAGAGCAAGUUAAAUAAUAUAAUAAAAGUAAAUAUAUUUCCUGAAAGUACGUUCAUUUAAGCCCUAAGUUAUAACAGAAUAUUCAUUUCUUGCUUAUGAGUGCCUGCAUGGUGUGCACCAUAGGUUUCCGCUUUCAUGGGACAUGAGUGAAAAUGAAACCAAGUCAACAUGAGGUACCUUUACAGAUUUGCGAUAAGAUGGUCUGUGACAAUGUAUAUGCAAGUGGUAUGUGUGUAAUUAUGGCUAAAGACAAACCAUUAUUCAGUGAAUUACUAAUGACAGAUUUUAUGCUUUAUAAUGCAUGAAAACAAUUUUAAAAUAACUAGCAAUUAAUCACAGCAUAUCAGGAAAAAGUACACAGUGAGUUCUGUUUAUUUUUUGUAGGUUCAUUAUGUUUAUGUUCUUUAAGAUGUAUAUAAGAACCUACGUAUCAUGCUGUAUGUAUCACUCAUUCCAUUUUCAUGUUCCAUGCAUACUCGGGCAUCAUGCUAAUAUGUAUCCUUUUAAGCACUCUCAAGGAAACAAAAGGGCCUUUUAUUUUUAUAAAGGUAAAAAAAAUUCCCCAAAUAUUUUGCACUGAAUGUACCAAAGGUGAAGGGACAUUACAAUAUGACUAACAGCAACUCCAUCACUUGAGAAGUGUAAUAGAAAAUAGCUUCUAAAUCAAACUUCCUUCACAGUGCCAUGUCUACCACUACAAGGACUGUGCAUCUAAGUAAUAAUUUUUUAAGAUUCACUAUAUGUGAUAGUAUGAUAUGCAUUUAUUUAAAAUGCAUUAGACUCUCUUCCAUCCAUCAAAUACUUUACAGGAUGGCAUUUAAUACAGAUAUUUCGUAUUUCCCCCACUGCUUUUUAUUUGUACAGCAUCAUUAAACACUAAGCUCAGUUAAGGAGCCAUCAGCAACACUGAAGAGAUCAGUAAUAAGAAUUCCAUUUUCCCUCAUCAGUGAAGACAUCACAAAUUGAAACUCAGAACUAUAUUUCUAAGCCUGCAUUUUCACUGAUGCAUAAUUUUCUUAUUAAGAAACAGUUUUUCUAUGGCAUCUCCAAAACUGCAUGACAUCACUAGUCUUACUUCUGCUUAAUUUUAUGAGAAGGUAUUCUUCAUUUUAAUUGCUUUUGGGAUUACUCCACAUCUUUGUUUAUUUCUUGACUAAUCAGAUUUUCAAUAGAGUGAAGUUAAAUUGGGGGUCAUAAAAGCAUUGGAUUAACAUAUGGUUUGCCAGCCUAUGGGUUUACAGGCAUUGCCCAUGCACUUCUUUGAGAUCUGUAUUUAUAAGCAGCCAUGGAAUUCCUAUUAUGGGAUGUUGGCAAUCUUACAUUUUAUAGAGGUCAUAUGCAUAGUUUUCAUAGGUGUUUUGUAAGAACUGAUUGCUCUCCUGUGAGUUAAGCUAUGUUUACUAUUGGGAUCCUCAAGAGGAAUACCACUUAUGUUACACUUCUGCACUAAAGGCACGUACUGCAGUGUGAAGAAAUGUUCUGAAAAAGGGUUAUAGAAAUCUGGAAAUAAGAAAGGAAGAGCUCUCUGUAUUCUAUAAUUGGAAGAGAAAAAAAGAAAAACUUGUAACUGGAAAUGUUAGUUUGUACUUAUUGGUCAUGAAUACAAGUAUAUAUUUAAUUUUGCAAACUGUUUUCACUUGUUUGUAUUCUUUUCAUUAUAAGGAAAAGUAGUAUAACACACUUUUUUUAAGUCACAUAUUUGAUGGUAUAUAAGAUGUUUCAGGGCUGGCAUUCUCUAAGUAGCAGAUAAAGGUUGCAUUUCUUUCAAAAAUACAUUCAAAGACCAUGUUAUUCAUUUUGGUUUGAGACAUUUAGUUAUGGUAUUUCAUAUUAUUAGGUAAAAGAGAUUUGAAAUAAAAUGUAUCUCCUUAAUUAUUUCUAACAAAUAUAUUUCUUUAUUAGGGCAUCCAACUUUUUCCCAAAUAACAGUACACUUUAAUGUAUGUAGACAUUCUUAAUUAGUAUAAUCAUCUAGUUGAUACUGUUCUCAGAUUGGGAAUUAUCAAAGAUGUACUUAGCAUAUCAGAACACCAUGCUAACUUAUCUAUUAUUCUUUCUUAGUAAAACGAAACAGCCAGUAAUAACUAUAUAAAAUAUUAAAUAACAUUUCCACAGAAUAAAUUAGACUUUCAUAUACACUACAAUUAGAAAUAUCCAUGAAUAUUUUCUUCUGGACUGUGAACCCAGAUAACUAGGCUUUCUGGUCUUGUUUUAAGUGAUGCUCUUUAUACUAUGGAAGACACUCUUAAUACAUCAUAUAUGUAGGCAGAACAUCUCUUAGAUGAGAGAACAAGUACAUCAUUGGCAUUCCCUCUGUGCCAAUUCGAUGUUUGUUUGACGAUGGAGCUAUAAGAGUCUAAAUCUGCCCUUGAAAAGCUCAGCUCACAGUGUGGUAGAGUAGACUCCAAGGUUCAAAAAAGUGUUUUUAAUAAAAUUUGGAAAGUUCCACAAUCAAGAAAUGAAGAGAGAACAGCUUUUUCCAUCUGGGAGAUUCAAUAAUGGCUUCAUAUAUAGAUGAUAGUGUGGCUAAAAAUAAAAAUUACAUCAAUGCUGUUUCUAUUGGGAAGCAAUGGCAAGUAAUAGUAUGUCAAUACUGGUCAAGUGUUGAAGCCAGGAUGCACUUACACAACGAGAGUGUAAAGUGUGUAGGGAGCUGAUCUGUGAAGGAGCAACUCAAGGAUUUUCACAUUAUCAACGAAAUGCCAAAAUUAAGUCAGAUAGUUUCCCUGUUUCCCUUCAUCUAUUCUACAAUGCACCAUUGGUUUUCAGUGUGAAAAAUCCCAAUCCCUGAGCCCAAACCACUUCUGGGGUCAAAACAUUUUUCUUGUGCACAAAAUGAAUGGAUCUUGGUCAAAGAAGUAUGGUCACAAUUUUCUAGCAUAUAUUGUGUUUAUAAUUUAGCAAAAAUUCUGCAAUAAAUAAGGAAAAUCUGUUUUACCUUGCAACAAUCAGAAAUGGUAAAAAUGCAUUCAAGUGUUUGAAAGUAAUGGUAGAAUAUGCUUCCAUAGUGCUUUAUAGUUUCAAAGUGCUGUCAGGUACAUUGUCCGUUUAGCUCCGCACGAACUUUGUAGGGUACAAGCAUCAUGUUCCAUCUGGGUUGAGGCUGAUUUUCAUGGAUGGCUUGUGGCAUCAGUUUUAUUACUUCAUAGUCACAAUUCUGUGUUUCAUCUUGAGAAAUGUGGAGACUAAUGUUUGUACCAGUAUAUUCCACAUUCAGUGAGGUUUCCAAGAUGCUUCCUCCAAACUCUCACUUUCUUAAACAGAUACAUUUAAAAUAUGACACCUUCUGAAAAGUCCAUGAAGAAAUUAAUAUAUUCAUGGAAAAAUUUCCCCGUUGACUUAUUUGCAUUUCAUGACUUGACAUGAGAAAUUUAAAAAACAGAAGGCAAAAUGUGAUUGCUUUUGAUGGAUUUAUACAGAACAGUCGUUUAAUUUUCUCAAGUAUUAUUUGGAAACAAGAUAAUGGAAAACACUAAUCAGAAGCCUCGUUUUAUUUAUAAAUUUUUAAUAGGGAUGGAUCUAGUAAGCCCUGAUAGCUGAGUUCCAGUGAUAUCCAAGAAGGAGCCACUGCAGCUUCUCUUUUCCUCCCAUCCUCCUCGCAUUCAUCCUAGUGACUUUUUUCCUGUCUUUCUACACAAAUUUUACCUAUGAUUUGACCACUUCUAACAACGCAAAUAUCUUAUAAUGAAGAUAGGAGUCUGUUCAAUUUAACCUUAUUCAGGAAACUCCGUAUUUGUGUGAAAUGAUGCAAUGCCAUUAUUGAGAGGUAUCUGUAACCCUGCAUAAUAAAAACAUGCAUAAGAAGAAUGUGGUCUAAUCCCCAAACUGAGUCUGAGUUUCAGGGCCUUUUGCUUCUGUUUGUUUGUUUGUUUGAGACAGUCUGGCUCUGUCACCCAGGCUGGAGUGCAGUGGCACAACAUGAGCUCACUGCAACCUCCACCUCCCAGGCUCAAGCGAUCCUCCCACCUCAGCCUCCUGAGUAACUGGGACUACAGGCGCACACCACCACACCUGGCUAAUUGUUGUAUUUUUGUAGAGACAAGGUCUCAGUAUGUUGCCCAGGCUGGUCUCAAACUCCUGAGCUCAAGCGAUCCGCCGGCCUUGGCCUCCCAAAGUGCUAGGAGUAGUUAUAGGUGUGAGCCACCGUGCUGGCAGUUGUUUUUGUUUGUUUAUUUGUGAUAAGGCCUGGCUGUCACCCAUGCUGGAGUGCAGUGGCAUGAUCUUGGCUCACUGCAAUCUCCGCCUCCCAGGCUCAAGCCAGCCUCCCACCUCAGCCUCCGAGCAGCUGGGACUACAGGCAUGCACCACCAUGCCCAGCUAAUUUUUUUGUAUUUUUUGUAAACACAGGGUUUUGCCACGUUGCCCAGGCUGGUCUUGAACUCCUGAGCUCAAGCAGUCCUCCCACCUUGGCCUCCCAAAGUGCUGGGAUUACAGACGUGAGCCACUGGGCCUUGCUCUGUUUUAUCUGCUUUCUGAUUUAGUAGGUGAGGGACAGCACUCUGGACCUUAGCCAUUUUACUUCCAUCUUACUGCCGUGAGUUUAGUGAGAAUGUCACUUUUAGACUCUAAUUUUCCAAAACUUAGUUUUUUUCCCGUUCAUUUGUGUUUUCCAAAUUAAUUUGUUUGUCUAGUAUGGAUGCAAAGGAAUGCCAAAGACAUUAAAGCUUUCUGAGUUGUGGCUUAAGGCCAGCUACUGCCCACUGAAAGGGUGAUAAAAAUAAAAAAGGAGGAAAGAGGAGCCCAGCAGUUGUGCCACCCCCCAAGAAUAUAAUGCUAAUUAUUGACCAACUGUCAAGAUUCAGAGUGGUAACCGCAUUCCAAGGAGCUGGCAGGAAGGAUGAGCGUGUGUGUGCUGUCCAUAUCAUAGCCAUCUGGGUCAGAAGGAGCGAAAGGAUGGUUAGGACAGGAGUGUAGUGGAGGGAAAGUUAAAACAACAGUAGAUGGAUCAUCUUAGGGCUUGCUGGGGUGGGUAGGAACAUACUUCAAUUCGGUUUCUGAUUGAGAAGAAGAAAGCUAUGCUCCCUGUUGAAGGCACAGUUUGAUCUACUAGGUGGGAAAUACCCUCAUUUUAUAACUUCAGUAAUUUAACAUUUUCUGUAUUGCAAAAUGGAAUUUAGUCCCAAAGUAUUAAAGCUAACCAUAGCUUAAUCAUGACAUUCAACAAUUUAGCAUAAAAUUAUGUUGUGGAUUUUUUUUCAUAUAAGAAUUAUUGUUACUAUUAUUGAACACCAUAUAUGAAACAAAAGAAAGGGUGCUUUUAUUUCAUUAUACUUAUUUGGUUUUUUUAGCGGACAUCCCUUGACAUUAGAAUAGCAUUUGAGACAUUUUCAUGAUUUCUAAAGAUAACUUAAAUGCCCUCCGUUAAUCUGGAAAGCGAAAUCCUAAGAGCGAGGUUGCAAAUGGAGACUGAAUCAGUGUUUCCAAGUCAGGAAGUUAAUCAAGACCGAAAAUAGAUUUGCUUAGAUUUUAUCUGCAGAGUCGUUUAUUUGGCUUUCGUAAUUGAACAGCUCAGCGGAAUAAGAUGGCCCUAGUUGUAUGGUUUCUGGGGAACACAGGAGAAUUAAAUUUAUAUAUGUGAUUUUUAUGUGUAGUGCCCUUGGGCAGGUGAUAUCUUUCUAUCUGACUUUUAAGAUAUUACAACCUGAGGAGUGUGGAUAGCCGUGUUGUGUGAUUCAAACUGAAUCAGCUAUUACUGAUGCAGGUAGGGAACCAUCAGUCAACUUCUGGUUACUAUCACCUUCACAAAAAAGAAUGGAUGAUGUUCAAGAAUUACCUUGGAAGGAUUAACCAGGAAUUAACACAGAAUGGGAUGUUCUUUUAGGACUCUAAUGCUCUAAAAGAUAUGAUUACAACCUAUUUUUCUUUAUAUGAUAGCAUAAGUAAAAUUUGGGGCUGUUAAUAUGUUGGAAAGUGCUUAAAAUUACAUGUUUUUAUAAUAGGGAUGCAGGCAUUCCAAAAUAAAUGAAUAAAAAUACAUUCAUCUCUCUCGCCUCUUACUGAAAGUAUUAAUCUAAUUUUAUAAUAAUGAUUACUUUUUAAUAUUAAGGCUCUGUAAAAAAAAUUAUUUCUAAGAUUUCAGUAGAACACAGGUGGUGUAUUUUUUUAAGCUCUUAAUUUCUCUUCACCAACCUCAGUCAUUACGUUCACCACACAGUGUGUCACAGUUAAUAGUGGUAUUUCAGUUUUUGCGUUGAUUUAAGCUUCAUAUUUAUUUAAUGUGACUUUUAAUGGAGAAUAAUAAUGGGAGAUGCUUGCUGUUAGCAUUAAGGUUAUACAGCUCUCACUUCACCUUAUAUGUAAUUUUUUUUUCAAAGUGAAUAAUGCAGAUUGUUGACAUCCUAGAAAUGGUUUCUGGGUGGUAUUACAUGGAGCCUAGGACUCUGAACUGGAACUGGUUGCUUAUUUUCUGGGAAGUCUGUAUUCUUAUUCUCAACUGAACCCCUGACUCUUUUGUUGUAUUUUUUAUGAUUCCGAAAUGCUUUGAGGGAAAGAUAUUUUAAUGUGUACAAUUUGUUUUAUUUUCAUACUGAUCUCUAUUUUUGUUUAAAACCAUGUUGCAUCAUGAAAUCACUUAAUCCAAAAUAAAUCUUCUUUAAAAAAAUA